ACGCACCAGCAGGAACAGGAACAGGGGGAAGACAGACACAGACAGAGAGACAGAGGCAGAGACAGAGACAGACGCGCCGUGACUUUUGUUUUCUCCGCGUCCAGCUCAGCCGAUCCGGUCACUCAAAGCUUCAACAGAAUGAUGCUGCAGCACUCGGGUCCCUCGCUGGCCGACAUCAGCUGCUCCGCCCUGGUGCCCUGCCUGUCCCCGCCGGGUACACUCACCCUAGACGACUUCACCAACUUCACACCCAUCGUGAAAGAGGAGCUGCGUCUGGCCAUCCAAACCAAGAGGCUCUCCAACGGGCUCAGUGCCGACAUGAGCUCAGACGGAGCCAGCUCCAGCUCGGACCGGGCCUCCGAGCAGCCGGCCUACGGAUCCGGAGUCAAGAGAGAGUUGACGGUCGAGGAGCACGAGAGGAGGAAAAGGAGGAGAGAGAGGAACAAAAUUGCUGCUGCAAAGUGUCGCAACAAGAAGAAGGAGAAGACAGAGUCUUUGCAGAAGGAGUCAGAGAAGCUGGAGAGUGUCAACGCUGACCUGAAGGCUCAGAUCGAGGAGCUGAAGCAGCAGAAGCAGCAGCUGGUCUACAUGCUCAACCUGCACCGGCCCACCUGCAUCGUCCGAGCCCAGAACGGCCAAACGCCCGAGGACGAGAGGAACCUCUUUAUCCAGCACAUCAAGGAGAGCACCUUACAACUCCACAACCUCACCUCCGCCACCACCACCUCCUCCUCCUCCUCGUCCACCACCACCUCCACACUUUCACCUCUAGACGGGGGACUUCUGACCCUCGAUCACGUUCAGUGUCCCAGUCACCUAUGAGUGACCAGGUGUCUUUGCCACUUUUCUAAGACUUGCGAUGCUUCCGCCUGCCGCCUCUGAUGUAGCACAGACUGUUCGAGGCGCAGGUGGAGCCGCCACAUAGACUCAUGACAUUAGAAUGACAGUGAAAUAUACCAAACGCCACCUUCGGAUGACUCCUCGGUCUCAUUCAGUAUCCACAAAGCUGCUAUAGAGAGAGUGGCAUAAAGUGACCUCAGCACCUCCCACUCCCUGAAACCGUAGCUGCUGGAAGUGACACACAGUGGAGAGCACCUUGACCUGCGUUACGUAUUUCUUUUUCUUUUUCUUUUUUUUUUUUUUGUUUUAAACAACAUUGCAAACAGUCAGGGCCAAGGACAGAUGCUAAAGCACUAAAAAAAAACAGAAACAUAAACUGCCUUUUUUAUUACUUACAGGUAUUUUGAAUAGAUGAGAGUUUUGAUUUAGUGUCUGAUUUUUUUUUUUUUUUGUACCAAAGUUUGAUUUGAAGGUGAUCAAGGCACAUAAUUUAACUGUUCACCCACGGAGAGUAAAGUAGAUGCAGAAUGAUGUGCGAGUGUGUACGGACACUUGAGUGAGUUUGAGCUGCAAGUCACUGACUUUAAAAAAGGAUGUUGUUUGUGCUUAGCGUAUGAAAAAUAGUAUAUUUAUUAACUACUGUAUGACAUGUCAAUGCCGUAUCAACCCUGUCUGCUUGUCCUUUAUACAACAUGAACUACUAAAUCUGCUGCUACUACUAACCACUCAGGACGUACGCUGACUGUACAAGUCAAUGUCAUAUGUUUAUUUUGUCGCCUCGUCUAAGAGCUAACCUCUCGGAAAAUGAGUAUAAGUCAGAUCGUUGGCUGUCAAACCAGGGUAGCAGUAGCAGUCACAAAGGCAAAUGUGAUUUGCAGGCAGGGUUUAUAACUCUGCACUUAAAAUGUAGUACACAGGACUAUAUACUCAUAUAUGCAGAUGUUACCUUACUGUUCUUAAUAAUUAGAAAUUUACUGUAAGCAAAAUUGUCCAAAAAAAUUGGAUGGCGUGUAUAAAAGUACACUUUUCGUAUCACUGCGUUCCCUCUUAAACAGAUCUAGUGUUGCUUUCUACAUCUUCUUUGACGAUGAAGCUACAUGAGUAUGAGUGUUAUUUUUCAGAUGUGUUGUUUUCUACAUAAAAUCUUGUAUAUUGUAUUGACUGCGCAUUAACUCUGUGUAUGUAAACACCAGAUGCCUCCUUUGGUUUUGACAGAGCAAAACAAACAAAAAAAAAAAAAGAUUGUUAUUUUUUAAAAUGUAUUUAUUGACAACAUUUG